CCCCUCUACCCCGGCCUCCGGCAGCCAGGAGCCGCGCGCGGACCCGAGGAGACCAUGUCCUGACUGAGGGGAGAAGGCGGAGGCGGCAGCAGCGGGGCGGGCGGCGGCGCGGAGGGAGGCGGAGAGGGGACGGGCUCGACUCGUCGCCGCGGGCUGCGCGGGGAGUCGCCGCCGCCGCCGCCGCCGCCGCCGCCGCUGCCGCCGCCAAGCGCCCGUCGGACGGGGAGGAGGAGCAGGAGCUGGAGGGGGAGCCGCCGCCGCCAGGAAUAGCUAUUCACAGUCAGACAGAACCACUUAUCACGUUUUGCAGUAUCUCCUGAGGAAGUCAGAAUCUGAGCCAGCAUGAAGACGGAAUCUUGUCUUCGAUCUGAUUUGCAAACCGUACUUUUAUUCUAAUCAUGUGCAAGGUGGAGGUUAUAGCGUGGGAACUAAAAUCUUACUUCCUGCCUGACACAGCUCACUUCAAGAAGUGCACAAUGUCAGAACGUGGAAUUAAAUGGGCUUGUGAAUAUUGUACGUAUGAAAACUGGCCAUCUGCAAUCAAGUGUACUAUGUGUCGUGCCCAAAGACCUAGUGGAACAAUUAUUACAGAAGAUCCAUUUAAAAGUGGUUCAAGUGAUGUUGGUAGAGAUUGGGAUCCUUCCAGCACCGAAGGAGGAAGUAGUCCUUUGAUAUGUCCAGACUCUAGUGCAAGACCAAGGGUUAAAUCUUCGUAUAGCAUGGAAAAUGCAAAUAAGUGGUCAUGCCACAUGUGUACAUAUUUGAACUGGCCAAGAGCAAUCAGAUGUACCCAGUGCUUAUCCCAGCGUAGGACCAGGAGUCCUACAGAAUCUCCUCAGUCCUCAGGAUCUGGCUCAAGACCAGUUGCUUUUUCUGUUGAUCCUUGUGAGGAAUACAAUGAUAGAAAUAAAUUGAACACUAGGACACAGCACUGGACUUGCUCUGUUUGCACAUAUGAAAACUGGGCCAAGGCUAAAAGAUGUGUUGUUUGUGAUCACCCCAGACCUAAUAACAUUGAAGCAAUAGAAUUGGCAGAGACUGAAGAGGCUUCUUCAAUAAUAAAUGAGCAAGACAGAGCUCGAUGGAGGGGAAGUUGCAGUAGUGGUAAUAGCCAGAGGAGAUCACCUCCUGCUACGAAGCGAGACUCUGAAGUGAAAAUGGAUUUUCAGAGGAUUGAAUUGGCUGGUGCUGUGGGCAGCAAGGAGGAACUUGAAGUAGACUUUAAAAAACUAAAGCAAAUUAAAAACAGGAUGAAAAAGACUGAUUGGCUCUUCCUCAAUGCUUGUGUGGGGGUUGUAGAAGGUGAUUUAGCUGCUAUAGAAGCAUACAAGUCAUCAGGAGGAGACAUUGCACGUCAGCUCACCGCAGACGAAGUACGCUUGCUGAACCGUCCUUCUGCCUUUGAUGUUGGCUAUACUCUUGUACACUUGGCUAUUCGUUUUCAGAGGCAGGAUAUGCUAGCAAUAUUGCUUACAGAGGUGUCUCAACAAGCAGCAAAGUGUAUUCCAGCAAUGGUGUGUCCUGAACUGACAGAACAAAUCCGGAGAGAGAUAGCUGCCUCUCUUCAUCAGAGAAAGGGGGAUUUUGCUUGCUAUUUUCUGACUGACCUUGUAACAUUUACAUUGCCAGCAGAUAUUGAAGAUUUGCCCCCAACUGUCCAAGAAAAAUUAUUUGAUGAGGUGCUUGAUAGAGACGUUCAAAAAGAAUUAGAAGAAGAAUCUCCAAUUAUUAACUGGUCCUUGGAAUUGGCUACACGUUUGGACAGUCGAUUAUAUGCACUUUGGAACCGGACUGCAGGAGACUGCCUACUUGAUUCAGUACUACAAGCUACCUGGGGCAUCUAUGACAAGGACUCGGUGCUUCGGAAAGCCCUGCAUGACAGCCUGCAUGACUGUUCACAUUGGUUUUACACACGCUGGAAAGAUUGGGAAUCAUGGUAUUCUCAGAGCUUUGGUUUACAUUUUUCCUUGAGAGAAGAACAGUGGCAAGAAGACUGGGCAUUUAUACUCUCUCUUGCUAGUCAGCCUGGAGCAAGCUUGGAGCAGACGCACAUUUUUGUACUGGCACAUAUUCUUAGACGACCAAUUAUAGUUUAUGGAGUAAAAUAUUACAAGAGUUUCCGGGGAGAAACUUUAGGAUAUACUCGGUUUCAAGGUGUUUAUCUGCCUUUGUUGUGGGAACAGAGUUUUUGUUGGAAAAGUCCGAUUGCUCUGGGGUAUACAAGGGGCCACUUCUCUGCUUUGGUUGCCAUGGAAAAUGAUGGCUAUGGCAACCGAGGUGCUGGUGCUAAUCUGAAUACUGAUGAUGAUGUCACCAUCACAUUUUUGCCUCUGGUUGACAGUGAAAGGAAGCUACUCCACGUGCACUUCCUUUCUGCUCAGGAGCUAGGUAAUGAGGAACAGCAAGAAAAACUGCUCAGGGAGUGGCUGGACUGCUGUGUGACAGAGGGGGGAGUUCUGGUUGCCAUGCAGAAGAGCUCUCGGCGGCGAAAUCACCCCCUGGUCACUCAGAUGGUAGAAAAAUGGCUUGACCGCUACCGACAGAUCCGGCCGUGUACAUCCCUGUCCGAUGGAGAGGAAGAUGAGGAUGAUGAAGAUGAAUGACAAAAAAAUCGAACAGCAGAAGACCAAGGCAUCAGAUCUGUAAUGACCCUAAAGUUAGUGUGGUGCUCCAAGCAGAGUCGACAUCAUGGAAUGAACCAAAUCUGGCAGGAUCUGCUCGGGGAAGUGUUUUCCUGGACCACACACACCUAAUGGAGAUAAUGCCUCUGCUGCGUGAUGGGACAGAGAACUUUAGUUGGACUACAGUUUGUAAAAAACCUAAUUUUAUUAAGACAGAACUUUUUUUCCUUUCAAAUUGUAAAUCUGUCUAUAAAUGUAAUGCAUGUGGUUGUGUAAGAAAUUGUGUAAUAGGAAAAGUUGUACCAGCAUCUUCAUAUUAUUGAGAAAAUUUUUUCAGCAUGGGCACUUAGAAAAAGCACAUGGCAAAUGGCUCUUUGUUCCUUUAAGAUAUUAUUUCAGUAGAACCUGACAUUCUACUUUAACCUUAAAAGAUCCAUCUAAGUCUCAGAGAUCUGGAAACGUUUUGUACAGAUUAUCUACACCAAAACAUAAAAAUAACCUUUUAUUUUAUUAAUAAUUUAGUUCCUGUUGUGCCCAAUCCAAUCGAGUCUUUUAGGAACAAACUGCAAGAAGAGCUAAGAAUGUUUUAGAGUGAACUAAAUAUAGACAUUGCUUACUUGUUUUGAAGAGGGUUUUGGUUUUGGUUAUUGUGUCUUAAGUUUUCUGAUAUGCCCCCUUUCGAUAUUUAGAUAUUUAUUUGUUGGGAAGAAUACCUUAAAAUGAGGGUUCUUAUUCCAGAUUCUGGGCAGUGGUCUGAGUAGUUUUUUUCCUGGAUGAAAAGGGAGCAAGCCCACUUGUCACUAAAUGAAUUGUGCAGUUUGCUCACUUGGACUCCAUCCACAAUGUACUACUCCCAAAUUGCCAUGCCAUAGGCCUUCGGAUUCUUCCUUUCAUCACCUCUGCUCUAAGCAAAUCUUGUUAGAAGGGCAUGGCAUGCCUUUGCUUAGGCAGAUUGGGAACACCCAUUCACUACAGAAUAAAGAUUUUUAAAAUGCAAUAAGGUGGUAAAUGCAUUCUAUGAAGAAUUUCUCAGUGUUUAGUCUGAGAAUUUUUGCAUGUUGGUUAAUUGUGGCCAUUCUUAUUUAAAGUUAAAAUUAUAAUCUUAGGUAGAAAAACUUUUUUAUAAGAAGUAUUAUUUGACCACUUCAGGUAUACAUUCAAUACUGGGUAAAAAUUUCAGACCUAUCUCAGGAACACAGAAAUACUUGGUGUCCUGAUAAGCACUUUCUAGACUAUUGAUGUGGCCAAGAAUUUGGAAAGAUGACACACACACACACACGUAUUUUUUUUUUCCCUUCCCUGUGAUGAAAAGGCUGUGAAAACCUUAAAGUAUUUGCUUCUUUUUUAGUUGAUAAUGAAACAGUGUACAACCUCAAAUUUGCUGCCAGAAUGAUACUAAAAAUAGAAAAAUACCC